UGUGUGUCUGUUCCGGGUAAUAUAGUCCCUUCUGUUAUAUCUCCCCGCCCAUUGACAAAAUGAGUUGACCUCCAUUCCUGAAAUAGCUCCGUAUAUAACUUAUUCUCCCCCGCGCUCGUGCCACCUAAGAAGUUACUAGAAUAUUGUGAGGAUAGGGUGGGAUUAACUUGACAAAAUUAUGAUUUUCUCUAGGUCCAUUUAAACCGCCUUGUUGUGCGAUAAAUCAUAGACACGUAUAACUCAGGUGGUUAUGCACCUGUAAGUUUCCAUCAACGUCGCACGAGCCCUACCAACACAUUUAAAUUGGUGUGUCCAUGUUGGUCUUUGAGUGAAUAACAUGCAACAUUCAUACCGUAACUUGAGCUAUAUUAUCAGCAGACGAUGUGCACAACUUUGGCUUUUGUUGACUUCUUGGUAUUUCAACUGUUGUCUCCAAAAUAAUCAAAUAUCCAUUUUGAUUCAUUAAAAGUUCGGCAUACCCAAGACUCUCCCUGAAAUUCGACUACUAGGCACACGCCACAAAGCUUUAUCCGCUAACCUUAAUCAUUUCAAUAAUAGAUUUGCAUACAGGAAGGCUUUGGGCAACUGUUUCUCCAUUUCAAAUGGACAAAAAGCAAAAGUUUUGGGGAGGAAAUGAAGGGCAGAUUGCGUUGUUUGAGCCGUCGUCACACAAGUUUGAAUUUUAGUAAUUUUCCUAUACUUACCGCAGAGGUGGCGCCAUAACUUGCUUGUGUGUGCAAGUGAAAGACAUUUCCACAUAGUCGCAGUAAAAAAGAAAAUUGACAUUUUUUUCAAGAGGAAAGUCAUUUCCGUUUUGGAGCCUUCAACGCGCAAAAAGUUCAUUAGAGAGCAAAAGCAAACAUAUAAAUGAACUUUCGUAGAACUGGUGGCGCCACACGUCAAAAUGUGCGAACACAAAUCAUCGUCCGGAAAUAAUAUAUAUUUUUUUAUUUUCAACUUUUUGUUUUUAGAAAAAAAUGCGACCACUCCCAUGACUUCAACGCAGUAUGUUGUUAUUGGAAAGCAGAAACGAAAACGAACAGGUUUCUUCUUUUUUUGUGGGUGUGUGACUCUGUGCGUUGACAUCGGCUGACUCGAUCGAUACUUACCCCAAAAAAAAUAUAUAUAUAUUUUAAUAUUCUUAACGUGAUGCCCAGAGGUUGUACUGCAAACAGAACUUUUGUUCCGGUGACGUUGUUUCCACCGAAAUCGAAUCAAACUCUUUACCGUAAACUAAUAGAAUUAUUCUUUUAUGUUCGCUAGAUGGCAGCGGUAGCACUUUUCAUGCGAAUUUUUCAAUCGAGUUAAAUUUUGGAAUCGUUAAUGUCCAAGUGAAAAAGGGAAUAAAGUGAUGAGUAAUGAUGCCUCUAAUAAUUUAGAGAUAAAUAACGUAGGCGUGUAUAGUGGCGCCAUCGAUUAAGAUGAUGGAUUUAGAAAAAGAAUCGAUUCCUGCUGCUGACGAUAGAGAAAAGGAUAAAGGAGAAUGAAUCAUGAUGAUAAACUAACGUUGCGCCCAGUGAAUACUGCAAGAAAGAAUGAAUAAAAAGAUAAAAAUCGUCAUCAUAAUAAAAGGGUUCUGUCUUUUUAAGAAAAAAGAAGAGUGUACGUAUACUAAAUAAAAAAAAAGGGGGCAGGGCUGCUGUCAUCAUCGGUGAUGAUGAUGGAACAUUGCCAAUAUGAUCGGCGAGGGGGGAAAAAGACUCGCCUUAGGGCAAACAAAGAAAACAUGGAGGAAAAACAUUACGCUCUCAAUGUUGUUGCCUCUAAAUAUAUCCAUCUCUCGUGUGUCUGACGAUGAUUGUCAAAUGUUGAUAUAGAUGGGGGAGGAUACUUUUCACAAGGCUACACAAAUAUAUUUUUGCCUAAAAGGCACUUUUUUUUUAUAUUUUCCCUUUUCAUCCUGAUGUUGCCGUUUUUUGCCAAGUUAUGUGUGCAGACGACGAAGAAAGCAUGGCCGAGUAGAGACCUAAUGGGGCGCCAUCAGUUUCUUUCCACGACGCCAAACGAUGACGAUUAUCGUUCUCGUCUGUUUUUGUUUUAUUGCACGUUACAUGUGAAUGUAACACAGCUCUAUAACGUGCAUAGUGGUGCAUCUCCCUGUUUUUCUCUCUCUGGAGAACCAAGAAAACAUUCAGCAUUAAGACGAUUCGAGGAUCGCCCCAUGGAAUGCCCAAUUUGAAAAACUGCGUGGGCGUGUGAAUGGCUUCCGGUUCGUUCCCAAUGACAUCCCUACAAUAUACAUGUCAGUGCUGAUGACGACAAUGGAAGUACUUGGUUGGUAGCCAAGUCCAGGCCAUUAAUUUCUUUGUAAACUCGUUUCGUGUUUUGCUCAACUAUAAUAAGUGUGCGUAACGCGACGGCCAUGUUCAUCAUCAAUUUGAGCGUAUCCGAUUUGAUGUUUUGCUGUUUCAACUUACCGCUAGCUACGUCACUGUUUUACCAUCGUGCAUGGGUUCACGGUGAAGCCCUCUGUACGCUCUUCCCGUUGAUGCGCUAUGGACUUUUAGCCGUUUCCAUCUUCACCGUUUUGGCAAUCACGCUCAAUCGCUACAUCAUGAUCGGACACCCUCGACUCUAUCCAAAGUUAUACAAAAGACGCCAUCUGAUAUUGAUGAUCGCCCUGACUUGGCUCGGCUGUUUCGGUUCGUUGCUGCCCACUUUGCUCGGAGAAUGGGGCACUUUCGGACUGGACAAAGAAAUCGGAUCGUGUUCCAUCUUACCCGAUGCACAGCGACGCUCACCUAAAGAGUUCCUCUUUGUCGUUGCUUUCGUCCUUCCUUGCCUGGCUAUCGUCGUCUGCUACGCCCGGAUCUUUUUCAUCGUCAGACGGGCAGCGGCCGUCUCGCACGGCAAUCAGCAACAACAAAAUCAUCAGAAUCAUCAGCAAUCGGGCAACGCUGCAGGACUCAAACCGUCGUCUAGCGUCCGAUCGAGAACAGGCAUCGGCGGAAUUGUUCCAGGUGAAAUGAGACGAGGUCUAAUGUUGCCCGGUUCGGCUUCUGGCAUGCAUCCGGGCGGCGGAUACAUCAAGCAAACGAUGAUCACUGGCCAUCCUUCCGUUAUGGAAGCUUCGUUUCAUUUGACGUGUUGCGAAUCGCAACAAGGAAGCGGAUCGACUGAAAUCAGCGAGGAAACGACCGAUCGAUCCGCCGGUGGAUGCAGCCAUCAUUUAUCUGUUGGACCGACGGAACCACUAGUCAAUAACGCGGGUAGUACAGUCAUAGUUCCGAAGAGGACUGGAUCUAUUUUGCGCUGGAACAAACCAACCCAGCAUAAAUCAUCGCCCAUCCGAAUUGAAGUCGAGAAAGGUAGCGAAGUAGCUGGGCCGUUGCCCGAGUUCCAGCAGCAACUGUCGGACAAGAGACGGAUUUCCGUUUCUUUCAUGGAACCGGAGCAACUGGAUGACUGUCCUCAGUCGGUUGGUUCAUCGGAAGCCCAAUAUCUUCGCGUUCCGGGUGUCCAGCAGUGUUCCAGCAACAGCAGUCCAGCAGUUUGCAUGAAUCUUUCGUCCAGUCAAAAAUCCUUGUCGACUGCUAUCGCUGGAUCGGCCACCGAAGAUGCCGAACCUGUCAUAGCAAGUCCCGUUCCGUCGGAAGCUUCUUCCAUCGGAUCGACAGUUGUCAUUCCGGAAGGGAUAGCAACUCCAGUGGGCGGAGACACAGGCAGAUCUGUCUUGGGGGCGGCGCUAUCACAAGUCAGCGGUGCCCUCCAUCGUCGUUCGACUAGAAACAAAUCGUCAACGCGGAGACAUCCGGGCCGAAUGACAGCAAAGGAUCGCAAAUUAUUGCAAAUGAUUUUAGUCAUUUUCGUUUCAUUUAUCGUUUGCUACAUGCCCAUCACGCUGGUCAAAUCGUUAAGCAAAGAGGUGGACCUGGGCGGAGCGAUUAACAUUGUAGGUUAUGUUCUCAUUUAUUUGACGACGUGCAUUAACCCAAUCAUCUACGUCGUCAUGAGCUCCGAAUACCGACAGGCAUACAAGAAUUUACUGACGUGCAAGCAGAGCCAUCAUGCGGGCAUUGGGGGAGGCGGAACCGGAAUCGGUGGCGGAGGAGGCCUGGGAGGCGGUCCGUUGCCCAGCCGCAGUUUUUCACAAAAAGCUUACUGAUUUUCUCAUUUCUUUCAUUUAAAGUAAAGUGGCCCUCAAGCGGGUAGAAUCGAAAACGAAGGUUGUACAGUGGGACACUGACUCACGUUGCUUAGCAACUAAAACGUAACCAAUGACGACAGUCGACUGCCAUGUAGGAUUGGCGAUUAUUUUUUCUUGCGCUACUAUUAAAUAAUAUUCAAAUUGUUUAAAGAAAAACUGGGUCUCUUCAAUCACCUUUUCGGGGUUUUGUUCCUAGUCCUUGGAUGUGGCAGGUUAAGUUGGACGUCAAAAACUACAUCAAGUGCGUAUACACUAUUUGCAUUUCUGAACUCUGAUCCGACAUUCCAUAAAAAUUACUUUAAUCAUCGUCAUAAAAAAAAAAAAAAAAAGAAUUUAAAAUUCACUUCCGCUUCGAUUUUCCUAUUCGAAAUAAUUUGCAUCAAAUAAUACUCUUGUUACUGUAUAGCUUAUCUCCUCUUUUUGGCUGCAAAUUAAGAGCACCUGCUGCUGUGUUCGGAGAGAAGAUUGUGAUAUAGAAAAACUGGUGAAUAGGUGUGUUGGGCUGUCAAACACACGCAAGUUGUGCGGAUGAGUGGUUCAAAUAUUGACAUUGCUCUUGACUGUUUUGUCCCAAAUAUUUCUACUCCUUUUGUUACUGUCUAAACGCUUGAACGGUACAUUCAGAUAGAGUUCCUGGUUCAACAUUAUCGAGAGAGCACAUCAUCAUCACCACUAUACAUAGUCAUCCAAUGUAACCAGCAGAAAAGAUCAAUGUUUGCACACACACACACACACACACUAGCCUCAUUCUGUCUGCUCUUUCUUUAAAUCCAUUUUCCCUCUUUCUGCUGUGUGUGUAGUUCAAGUGGAGAGAAAUAUUUUGGCGCCAAUUCUAAACAAAAGAGCUAAGUUGUUUCAUCAUCCUGUAUUGAAUAUGGGAUGCUGUUUAUUGAUCUGUACUCCGUGCUAUACUAUUUAUCAAGCAUUAACAUGAUGGAGUGUCAUUAUGUGAAAUUGACGGGAAAAAAGACUAAAAAUAUAUUAUCGAAGAGAA